AUGUGUGUUGAUUAUAGGCUGGUUAGUCAGUUGAUCAAGCUAUCGCGAUACCCUCUACCUCUGAUUGACGACUUGCUGACUGACUUUAACGCUGCGGCAUGGUUCAUGGGUCUGGAUAUGGCGAGUGGUUUCUGGGGGAUUCAGAUGACGGAGCGGGCGAAAUUGAUUUCGACCUUUGUCUGCCCAUUCGGACAUUUCCAGUGGAUCCGGAUGCCUUUUGGAUUCAAGAACCCGCCGUUAGUGUACCAGAGUGUGAUUAACAACUGUCCCUGGGGAAUCGUGCAGCUCCCACCUGAGGAGGAUGCUAAGGUCGACCGAGAUGUCCUGGAAUUUCUGGAGUUGACUGUCCCAGACACAGGACCGACGAUCGAAAAUCCUCAAGGCGAAGGUGGUUUCAGACUUCCAGAGUUGAUGAAGGAGGCGACUGCAUUCAGGCGAAACAUUCGGACCCCAACGCAUAUGGGACCAGUCCUGGGGCGAAGCUCUUACAUAGACGACAUAGUUCAUGGGGCGCCUGCCUGGGACAAACUUUUUGAAGACCUGAAUGCCCUGCUAUUCCGACUUCGAUACUGGAAUAUCUCGGUUAGUCUUCCGAAGAGCGAGUUCAGCAAACAAGCUAUACCGUAUCUGUCUCACGAAGUCUGUGCCGAAGGUAUCACGGCUACCCCGAAGAUUGCCAAUAGUUUUCAAGACCUACCUUUCCCAUCGACUAUGAAGGGCGUUCAGUCGUUCUUGGGAAGCUUGAAUUACUACAACAAGUUUAUCGAGGAUUUACCUGUCGUCGCGGCAGUGCUUUACGAGCUGGAUGAGGAUCGCAUUCGUACCGGACAUGAUUUGGAUAAGGCCAAAGAAGCGUUCGAGAUUCUGAAACGUAAGAUCACAUCAACGCUGCUGGUGCGCCAUCUAGCUUGUACCAAGCCGUUUGUCAUCAUCCCAAAUGCAACCCCCUGGGCGGCUUGGCGGGCUCUGAACGAGUCUGAACUCAGAUACCACAUCGCGGAGAAGGAGGUGUUGGCGAUCCUGCAAGUCUUAGAGCAAUUCCGUCCGCUCAUAUACGACACCAAUCAUAAUCUAUACCCGGUAUUCGAUCCUGAAGUGGCUAUUGAAGUAAAAUCCGCCGACGGCCGUCACCUCAAGUGGGGUUUAGAAUUAUCGAAGUGGGCUCUAGAACUACGCCGUGUGCAGCGCGAUGAAGAUGGAUUAACUGCAAUCCUCGGUGCAGGUAUUACCCCCAGGGAGCACUUAGACGAAGUUGCCGAAAAUCUGAUCCCGGCUAAAGGGCGAAUCAAAACACCUCCACCAAUCAGUGAUUCAGACUUCGAAGGGUACGUUUUGAGCUUCGAUGGUGCAACCAAGGUCUCCACUAGACAGGGAAGUUGUGGAUGUAUUCUGUGCCGUCUACCCGGCUGGUAUGUCCUGAGCGCCUACGGAUUCCCUUUGGAUGGUGUGACCGUGAACGAUGCAGAGUCUCACGGGUUGAUCAAAAGUUUGGAGCUAGCCAUUGACCGCGGUUUCAGAGAUGUGGUUGUAGUCGGCGAUUCCAGAAUCGUAAUCCAACAAGCGCAAGGGCUGAUAGGUUGCCACCAGCCUAAUCUGCAACCUUUGAAAGUGAAAUUUGCCUCCGUACGGUUGAUCCACGUCAAACGUGAUUAUAACCAGGCAGCAGACUACCUGACGACGAAGACAUUGGCAUUCGGGAAAGCAUGGGUGGUGGAAGACACGGAUAAAUUGAUGCAUCUGAAAUUUGUCUCCAGGAUCCCGGAGAAAAUUAUGAAGACUCCAUAA